AGCACAGUACUCUCUCUAUCCACAGCUCAUCUCAUUGUGGUGUGAUAGCGUGAGAUCUGGAAGAAUGACGGCUGCUCUGCUUAGUGUUCUCACGGCUCUGCUCUGUGUGCUUUCAGCCACAGCACAGCCUCAGCCACAGAAAGACUUCAACUUGGAGAAGUUUUCAGGGAAGUGGUACCUGACUGGAAUGGGCUCCAAUGCACAAUGGUUCAUGAAUAAGAAGUCAUGGAUGAAGAUGGUCACUACAGUGUUCACCCCGACUGCUGAGGGCAAUCUGGACGUUGUGAUCACCAGCGACAAGGAGGGUGACUGCUGGCAAAUGCGCCACCUCUUUGUCAAGACUGAGACUCCAGGCCGCUUCACUUUCUACAGCAAAGCCUGGGCCAGUGAUAAUGAUGUACGAAUGGUGGAGACCAAUUAUGAUGAAUUUGCCCUUGUUCACACCAUCAACAUCAAAGAGGGCAACGUGAAUAUUAUCACCAAGCUGUAUGGUCGCUCUCAGGAGCUGCGUCCUGAGUUGAUUCAAAAGUUCCAGCAGCACUCUCUGGCGCAGGGACUCACCCCAGAUAACGUGUUGAUUCUGCCCAAGACCGUGGAAUGCACUCCAAAUGCUGCUUAGGUUUCCCAAGAUCUGUCUCCAUGCGAUUCCAGCUGUAUGAAGCACAAGACCGCCUCCCACAAACCCAGCUGUUUUCCUUAGACAAAACUGCCUUAGACAAAACUAACUGUCUUCAUUUCUUAAUCACCUGUUUAAACUCUCCUCUAAACAUGUGCUUCAAUAAAAAUGCAAUGAAUUUCCUGGUGGACACAUUGAUCCCAUAAAGGAAUAGGAGAAACAGAAUGCAAACAGUAACAUGUCAGGCUUAACAAGAGAUCAAAGGCUGUAUUUGUAAAGCUGACAAGAUGAGCUAGAAGUAUUUGUGAUUAUAUUGUUCCAGCGCAAAGCAGACUCUUUUAAAACUUACUGAAGGUAAACAGCAGUUUGAUUGGUGGUAAUGGGAUUUAAUAAUAGUUGCAUUGACUUGAUUAAACAUUGUUUAAAACGCA